GCGGGGCGGGGGCCGUGGGUCGGGCCGUGUCCCUGAGCGUGCGGGGUCGAGAGGACAGCUUCCUGGUUUCUCGACCGCUCCGCCUGGGCCAGUCCCGCGGCCGCCUCUGGCUAUUCGGCCCAGGGCCUGCUUGCGGAUGGCCCAGGCCGCGGGGCUCCAGCCCUGCUCGCCGGCAACCUUGACUUGAGCCCCGGGGACCUCAGCGGGUAGGAGGGGUUUUCCUGGAAGGUCCCCCUCCCCGCGCUGGCCGGCUGCCCCCUCCCUGCUUCUCCAGCUCCUCUCCUUACCCCAGUCUGCCUCCUGCGCCCCAGCCCUGGGGCUGCGGCAGCUGGGAACGCCGAGGAAGGCAGAAUCAGAGUUGUCAGCUCCCUCAGAGCCCCUGGGUCUCUGACGGUGAAGGGGUUCAGUGAGCUGUGUGUGGAGGGCACCGGGCACCCACGGGCACCCAGACCCUUCCUGUGACGCCCACGCCCACAGUGUGAGGAAGGGCCAGCCACCACCGGGGAGGGGUCUCCUCUGUUUCCAGACCUGCCCACAGGAGACCCCACGAAGCUGCCACAAGCCUCUGCCUGCACAGUGUGGGCCGCAGAGGGCCCUUCCGUUCUUGUCCAUGCAGUUCCUCCUGUUACCCUGAAAGCUGCCCGCUUCCCCGCCCACAAGCCUCUCCUGCCCAGUCUGAGGGUGACCGGGGUGCCCAGACCCUGGCCAGUCAUGGAGGGCUGGCACCUCCUGGUCCCCACGUCCACCAGGAAACUCCCCUCAGCUCCAGGGCCCACCCACUCAGUGCCUCGGGUGGGUCCUGCUCUCAUUCCCGGGUGGAAUCCCCUUUGUGGAGGAUACCCGCCAAGCGCCAGUGUUGCUACCUGCAGGCCACACCUGCUCACACGCGGGACUCGUCCACGUGAGGACCGACCCCUCUGCCAGUGCCUUCCUGUGGUCCCCUCCCUCCCAGCCAUGCUCCCCGCCUUGCCCCAGCCUGUCCACUCUCUCCCUGGGCUCCUGCCCUGUGGCCUCCCAGCCCUGUCCUUUCUCGGGCCUCCCCACUGCUGCUGCUCUCUGCUUCCCCCAGACCUCCUGACUGCCCCCCAGCUGCCCCCCUUAGCUGGGAGGCUCUGCCUUUCAUGACCCCGUGUUCCUGGGAAGAAACGGUCUCCGAGAGGCUGAGGCGUGCCCCAGUCCUGCCCAUCCUGUGCCCACCUCCGCCCCUUUACCCCAGCCUUGCACCUCCAGCACUGGCCUCCCUGUGCAAGGCAGAGGCCUGGAAGUUUCCAUCAAUCUGACACACCUCCCCCGAACCUCCGGCAUCCUUGCUGAAACCACCUCCUGACCCUUCUCCUGCCUCUGGCCCCUCUCUGAGGGUCCCCGCCUCUUCACCCGGGUCUGGCCCUGGAGGCUGCGGCAGUCACGGAGGUGUCCCUCCGCCUCGUGUCCACUGUGUCCCUGCACUGCAGCCAGGGCCGCACCCAGCGGCAUGCCCGCCUAGCGCCCUGCGGCGGCUCCUGGGAUCCCGGCAGCCCUCACUUGGUGUCGCGGGCCCGCUCGGUUUCCUCGGCUUCUCCUUGGCGGCUCCCUGGCCUGGUUCUUGGCCACCUGGCCUCUCUCCCGUGUUCCUCAAGUGCUCCGAGCCCUCUGUCUCCUGCCUCGGCCACCACUCGUGUGGCCUCUGCCAGGCCUGCCCCCUGCCAGCACGCCCACCUGUCCCUCCAGCCGCUUGGAUGUGCAGGCUUCACGGGGUCCCUGGAGGCCCGGGUGCCAGCUGUCACACUUCCCAUGUGCUCUGUCGCCCCCCGAGGGGAGGCCUGCGGGGCUGUGAGUUUGCUCCUAGUGCUGCCUGCCUGGACCUGUCUGGCAGAGGCAUGGUCCCUGCUAAGGGCUGGCUGCCCCCAUGCUGGUUCUGGGUCUUCAGUAGGGACAGGAAGAGCGGGGAGGACAGGCCAAGGGCUGAGCUCCUUCGAUGGCUGGGGGCUGCCCCGGACUUGAGGCUGCCCCUCCCCCAGAGGGUGCCUGCGGUCUCCAUCCAGAAAUAGCCUUUGUCUGUGGGCACGUGUGCCAGAGCAAGGUGAUUGGGCUGCUGGACGUGUUCACGCCCGACGAGACACUGGAUGACUUCACGGACUUCUACCUGGUGAUGCCGUUCAUGGGCACCGACCUGGGAAAGCUCAUGAAGCACGAGAAGCUGAGCGAAGACCGGGUGCAGUUCCUCGUCUACCAGACGCUCAAGGGGCUGAAGUACAUCCACGCUGCCGGCGUCAUCCAUAGGGACCUGAAGCCCAGCAACCUGGCUGUGAACGAGGACUGUGAGCUGAAGAUCCUGGACUUCGGCCUGGCCCGGCAGGCAGACAGCGAGAUGACCGGCUACGUGGUGACCCGGUGGUACCGCGCGCCCGAGGUCAUCCUGAACUGGAUGCGCUACACGCAGACGGUGGACAUCUGGUCCGUGGGCUGCAUCAUGGCUGAGAUGAUCACAGGGAAGACGCUCUUCAAAGGCAACGACCACCUGGACCAGCUGAAGGAGAUCAUGAAGGUGACAGGGACGCCUCCCGCGGAGUUUGUGCAGAGGCUGCAAAGUGACGAGGCCAAGAACUACAUGAAAGGCCUCCCUGAGCUGGAGAAGAAGGAUUUUGCCUCCGUCCUGACCAACGCAAGCCCCCUGGCCGUGAGCCUCCUGGAGAAAAUGCUGGUGCUGGAUGCAGAGCAGCGGGUGACGGCGGCCGAGGCGCUGGCCCAUCCCUACUUCGAGUCACUGCACGACACGGAGGACGAGCCCCAGGCCCAGAAGUACGAUGAGUCCUUUGACGACGUGGACCGCACGCUGGACGAGUGGAAGCGUGUCACAUAUAAAGAGGUGCUCAGCUUCAAGCCUCCCCGGCAGCUGGGGGCCAAGGCCUCCAAGGAGACAGCCUUGUGAAGACUCCUGGGCCCUGGCUGGGGCUCCACCUGGACGGAGAUCCCAUCUGCCACUGUGACCUUGGCUGAGGCUGGAUUCCCCAUGCUCCACGGAACCUCUCUUGGAAGCCUGUUCCUCUGCUCACAGACCGCAUCUCAGCCUAACCAGAGGAGCAUCUGGACUUUCUGGAUAGGAUGCCCACCUGACCUGGGGCUGGCCUCUGACCCUGCCAGCAGCAGUCCCCGCCCCCAGGAUGCACCAGAAGCUUCAGAGCCAGUGGGGUGGGACGGGGCUUGGGAUCAAGUCCUGGCCUCUGACCCUGCCUUCUCUGAACUGUGCUGAGAAGGAAGGACAGGAUGCCAACUCAGGGAUGCGUCUCCUGGGGGCGUCCGUGUGGACGCUUCCUCGCCCCCAGCCUGGAAUGUACGUUGGCCACAUGGUGACCCCUUGGCUGGACGAAAUAAACCCUUUUGUAGGUCUC